AUGCCUAAUAGCCUUAAAGACAACGAUAACUCGCUUAACCCGUUAAAGCUUAAGCGUCGUAAACGCGAUAGCGACUCUAGCGACUCUAACUCUAACUACGACCCUAACUACCCUAACAAACCUAGCGACUCUAGCGACGAAGAGAAAUUAGACGAAGAUAGUAGCAACGAAGAUAAAGAUAGUGCAUCUAAGGAACCCCCUAUCAUUAACACUUAUGUUAUUUAUAACUCUACUAAUAGCGAAAGGUGUAAUCUUAAGCGCUACUCUAAGCAUCGUUACGGUAAUGAUAACUACACUAUAGAUUAA